UUCUGUGCUUUUCACUUUCCUAUCAGUAUAUAUACCGACUUCAUGAGCUUUGCUUCUUACAGAGCAUCAGUUGUUGGUAAUAAUAUCAGUGCCUUCGUUUCAAAUUCAAGGUUAUUUAGACACAGAAAACUGACAUUGGGUGCUCUAUCGAUCGUGAGAGUGUCACAUAGUUUCUAUCAACGCUAGUCAAUUCAACAUGAGUCUUAUGACAAUUAAGUUGUAUGGAUUUUCCUCCGUCGAGUCUCCGGAAGCAGUGGCAGCGUUUCUGGAGGAAUACACUGGACAAGGAUCUGUUUCUGAUGUGAAGGUUUUUCCCCCGAAGGACAGAAACUCAAGAGCGUCUGCCAUAGUUGAGUUCACCCAUGCAGAAUCUGCUGAAAAAAUUAUCCCAUUAGCCGAUGCGCGGCUCCUUUGGUAUGAUGAGGACUCUUAUCUGAAAGCGAGAAAAUGGAAGCCUGAACACACCAUUGAGCUUCUAAAGCUGCACUUCGGAUGCCUGGUUUCCGAGGAACGCUUUUCUGUGCUGUGGACAACAUCGGAAGUUCAAGUGACUUUCGGGAUGGAAUUUAAGAAAAUGUACUUGUUAUUCUGUUACGAUUCAGAUGAAUACAAGCUUGAGAUCUCCGCUGAAAGUAUUCGCGAGAUUGAGCUGCAUUGCCCUCCUGGCCAGCUUCGAAAGUUUCUUCUAAUCCAGUUACUUGGUGCCCCUCGGAUUUUGAAGCAAGUUUCUAACAGAAACUGGGUGCGCGAAGUUGACUUCACUCCAUCUUGCUGCAUUGGCCAAUCUUCUGCCGUAUGUUUGGAACUUCCAUAUGAUUCUGUGCUUCCAAAUUUACACGAUAGUUUUCUUCAUUACCAAGAAAAUGAAGGACGCUUCGCUCUGGAGAGAGGUAAUGUCUUCUCCCGUAAUUCAGAUCUUGUACCAAUUGUUUGUCCGCCAGUGGGCAUUAACUUGCCAUACAAAAUCCUGUUCAAGAUAAAUUCCUUGGUUCAGCAUGGAUGUGUUCCGGGGCAAGCUCUUGAUGCUAUGUUUUAUACGCUCGUUGAUCCAAGCAGAAUAAGAAUUGAACACAUAGAGUGUGCCCUGAACAAACUGUUCUGCUUGAAAAAGCGCUGCUAUGAUCCCGUGAGUUGGCUUUGUGAUCAAUACAGAGAGUACAUGGCCUACAAGAGAAUUCCAGAGUCGCCUGCUAUUUCUUUAGAUGAUGGGAUGGUGUAUGUGCACAGGGUUCAAGUCACACCAUCUAAAGUAUAUUUCUGUGGUCCCGAGGUAAAUCUUUCCAACCGUGUUCUACGAAAUUACCCUCAAGAUAUUGAUAAUUUUCUUCGUGUCUCUUUCGUGGAUGAGGACUUGGGUAAGUUGCAUUCAAAAGAUUUGUGCCUGCGCACAAAUUGUAACACUUCUGCAGAUGAGGAAAGGAGAACUAGAGUUUAUGAAAGGAUACUUUUUACUCUAACAAAUGGAAUAGUCAUUGGUGACAAGAAGUUUGAGUUCCUUGCCUUCUCAUCAAGUCAGUUACACGAUCAUUCGGUGUGGAUGUUUGCGUCAAGAAGUGAGCUCACCGCACAAGACAUCAGAAACUGGAUGGGGGACUUUAGCAACAUCAGAAAUGCGGCAAAGUAUGGUGCUAGAUUGGGCCAGGCUUUUAGCUCUUCCCUGGAGACUUUUAGUGUCGGCAAGGAUGAAAUCGAACUCAUUCCUGACGUAGAAAUCAGAAGAGGCGGAGUCAAAUAUUGUUUCUCUGAUGGAAUUGGGAAGAUAUCUGUUGAAUUUGCUGACGAGGUGGCAAGAAAGUGUGGGAUCAGUUCUACUCCAUCAGUGUUUCAAAUUCGUAGAGGUGGCCAUAAAGGCGUUGUGGCAGUUGAUCCGACAUUGUCAAAGAACUUGGCUUUGAGAGAGAGCAUGUGCAAGUACCAAUCCGAAAACACAGCGCUAGAUGUUCUCCAGUGGAGCAGGAACCAGCCUUGUUUCCUCAAUCGUCAACUGAUCACCCUUUUGUCCACACUCGGAGUCCCGGAUUAUGUUUUUCAGAAAAAGCAAAACCAGGAUUUGAAGAAACUGCAAGGUGUUCUAACUGACCCUUUAAGAGCACUGGAAGCUCUUAAAACGAUGUUUCAAGGGGAGGCCACAGACGUUUUGGAGGAAAUGCUUUUGAGUGGUUACAAGCCAGAUGCGGAGCCAUUUCUGUCAUUGAUGCUGCAAGCAUUCUGUGCAUCUAAGCUUGUGGAAUUGCGAACCAAAACAAGGAUAUUUGUUCCAAAGGGAAGAUUGUUGUUGGGAUGUCUAGAUGAAACCAAGACACUGAAAUAUGGUCAGGUGUUUGUGCAAUGCUCUCACUCUUCGAUCUCAAGUGGCGCUGGCAGCACUACUACAAGCGAAGACCAUUUUACUGUGAUGGGGAAAGUUGUAGUUGCUAGAAACCCCUGUUUACACCCGGGAGAUGUUCGCGUUCUUACAGCUGUGGACAUCCCCGCAUUGCACCACAUGGUGGAUUGUGUGGUUUUUCCUCAAAAAGGAAAGAGACCUCAUCCUGAUGAAUGCGCGGGAGGAGAUUUAGAUGGAGAUCCUUACUUUGUUAGUUGGGACUCUGAUCUAAUUCCGCAUCGGACAAUUGAACCGAUGAUUCAUACCCCAGCACGAACUAUUGAACUGGAUCAUGAAGUUACAAUGGAGGAGGUUGCAGAGUCGUUCACAAACUACAUAGUGAAUGACACUUUAGGGAUCAUUUCACAUGCACAUGUUGCCUUCGCAGACGGAGAUUCAAAGAAGGCCAUGAGUCAUCGAUGUCUUAAGCUCGCCAAGCUCGGUUCCGAUGCUGUUGACACUCCAAAAACCGGCAUGGUAGUGAAAGUGCCGCGCUGGCUACGUGCCGAACGAUUCCCAGAUUUCAUGGAAAAGGUUGGCAAACCUAUGUACAAGUCCAGGCGUGUGAUUGGGAAGCUUUUCCGGCAGGUGAAGAAUGUUGAGCUUAAAUCACAUUCGCAUUCAAGCUCAAUUAAAUCCUUCACCGCGGAAGUGGCUUCGAAGUGCUAUGAUCCCGACAUGGAGGUAGAUGGUUUCGAAGAUUACAUCGAUGAUGCCAUCAACUACAAAAGGGAGUAUGACUACAAGCUGGGAAAUUUGAUGGAUUACUACGGCAUCAAAACUGAAGCAGAUAUACUAAGUGGGAACAUCACUUCAGUGUCGAAAUUUUUCAACAGGAGAAACGACUUGGAGCCAAUUAAUUACGCCGUAAGGUCACUGAUAAGGGAAGCUAGGACCUGGUUCAAUGCGACGCAGUCAGAUUCCAGCACUGGUACCGAUGAUGUAUGGGCAGCGAAAGCAUCAGCUUGGUACCAUGUUACGUAUCAUCCUGGUUACUGGGGUCGCUGCAACAAGGGAAUGGAAAGGGAUCAUUUCCUCAGCUUUCCGUGGUGUGUUUUCGACAAGAUUCUCCAGAUCAAGAGGACAAAUAAGUACGAGGAAUUCCUCACCUAUGUGUUAUCGGAGCGGGAUCGCACUUGACAAUGUCGGAAUCAUGUGUUUGGCGGGAAAUUGACAGAGGGGUCUUAGGUAGUGGUGUGCUUUCCCUUAUGAAUAUGUUGUUAUGUUUUGUUGAAGUUUGUUAAAUUUAAGUAUGACUGUCAAGGGUUCUAGUUC